AUGGUUGAAGGUUUAAAAGAUGAUAUAAAUUCAAGUUCCAACAAUUUACAUUCAAGACUCAAAUCCCAAAUUGAGAGGAUUACAAGGAUUUUUAGUCAAACAACUUCUUCUACACCUAAUUUGGCUACAUUUCUCAAUAACACACUCAUUAAGUCUAAUAUCUCAUUUUCGGACAUUGAGAAUAAGGUGGCUCCAAUUUUGUUUCAAACACUAGUGAUGACCCCACACUUGAGUCAAAUCUCAUACAUAGGAUUGGAAGGUCAACUCAUUUUCUCCUAUGGCAAGGACCAACUCAACAAUCAAACAUUUGCAUUGCACUCCAAUUCUUCUUCUUCAUCAUCCAAGACUAAUAAUAAUACUUGGUACAAACAAAGUGUGGAUCAUAGCACUGGAAAGCUACUUGGAGAUGUAGUCAAAUUCAACCCAAAUAUCACCACUAAUGCAACUUGGUUUAGAGAAUUAGCCUUCAAGAGCAUGAAUGGCUCUUAUGCUUAUUUGGGUACUAAAUGGGACAAUGGUCAUGAUCUCUUACUCCUUAAAUCAGCCACUAUUAAUAAUGUUAAUAAAGGGGUUAUCAUUUUGGGAUUUUUGGUGAAGGAAUUGGUAGAUGAGUACUAUGAUGAGGUUAAUCUUGUUGGUGGGAGUUUGUAUUUGACUACCAAAGAUGGUCAAAUGAUUGUUAAUGAUGAAAUUAAAGGGACUCAGUUGAAGUUUAAUGUUGUUGUGGAUGAUCAUGAUGACAAUACUGGUAAUAGUAAUGUUUUGGUUUCUUUUGAAUUGGUUAAACCAAAUACUCAUAUUGGAAAUGUUACUUGUCAUCCUUAUAUUGGUACUUCAUCAACAACAAGAGCUACGGUUAUCAACAUUCAAGGAGCAAGUUACAACUUUUAUUGUUCUUCACUUGAUUUGAUUGGGGUUCAAUCUGUUUAUGUAUUAGCACUCCCACAAAGUGGAUUAAUCAAGUUUAUUCAUAAACACAUUAAGGGACAACUCAUUCUCCUCAUAUCAAUAAUGGUUCUAACCAUAUUCCUCAUUUUCUACUUUGUUUUGAAAAACUUUAGAGAUGCCAUAGUAGAGAACUAUUUGAGAGCAACUCUUAUAAAACAAAUGGAGGCAACUAAACUAGCUCAAAAGAAGAAUGAAGAUCAAAAUCUAGCUUUUGCUAGAGCUAGCCAUGAUAUUCGAGCUCCGUUGGCUGGCAUUAGUGGUCUCAUAGAUUUUUCUUAUAAGGAAGUUGCUCCUGGUUCUGAUCUCGAAACAAAUUUAAGACACAUUGAUAAGUGUACUGAUGAUCUUAUAGGUAUAGUGAACACCAUUCUUGACACAAGCAAAAUUGAAGCUGGAAUGAUGCAGUUAGAAGAGGUUGAAUUUCAAAUGGCUCAACUUUUGGAAGAGGUGAUAGAAUAA